UCGGUUAAGGACAGAUUCUGUUUAGGACAGAUUCGGUUUACGACAGAUUCUCUAUACGACAGAUUCGUUUUAAGACGGAUUUUGUACAGUCAAGAAAAAAUGUUUUUUAUAACCAACGCAACGUCUCAUGAAAAUCCGUUUUUAACCGACUUCAAAAAGGGAGGAUAUUAUAAUAAUAGGUUCGGCUGUAACUGUAUGAAUGUUUUUUUUUUCUAUGUAUGUUCACCGAUUACUCCGUCAAUUGUGGACCGAAUUUCAAUUCUUUUUUUGUUUGACAGGGUACACUUCAAAGGUGGCCCCAUUGUCACCAAGUCAGGAUCUGAUGAUGGGAUCCUAGAGAAAUCGAGGGCAACCCUCAAAUUUUAUAGGCACGUACAUCGUACAUAUAUCGUUUUUCAUAUUGAUUCUAAAGUUAUUCAAGUAUAUGCGUCUGGUAGUCAUCACCUAAUAUUGACGAGGUGAUGAUGGAAGGUAAACCUCCUUAACGCUUAGGAGUUGGAGAAUAAUUAUUUAAAUAUUUUAGGUACGUAUGUACAUACAGUUGUAUUACUUCAGGGUUUUUAGGUAAGCUGAUGAUGAAAGGUCGAACUUCAAAACUAUAUAUAGAAUAACAAGGAGUAAUCAACUAAAAAGCAUGAAAUAAAUUAAUUUUAACAAAAAAAUUAGAACCGACUCCAAAAACCGGCACUAAAAAGUUGAAAAUAAAUACAUUAUUUAUUUAUUUAUUAGGACAAAUGAGUACUCUUUGGUUUAAUUAUGAUACUGGCUAUUUGAUUUGAAGAAGAUCGGUAUAUUGUGCAUAUUAAAAAUAUGACUGACAUUUUCAUGUCAAUUGAAAUAUUAUUUUUGAAUUGUCUGCGUUUUCAGAAAAUUAGUUCAAUAAAUAAUCAUCUUUGCUGAUACUAAAAAGUGUAUAAUGGAUUUGCCAGGUCCCAGUAGCGGGGAAGCUUCACUAAAAAUUAUUCAUGGUAAAAAAGGAAAACCUGUUAUAUUGCGAGCUGGUUACCGAUAUAAUUUUGUGCAGAAGAAUAAAAAUGGGACAACAAAUUGGAGAUGUUUUAAAAGAAAUGAAUGCAGUACGUCUAUUACGCUAAACGAUAGUAACGAUAUUAUAAAAGAAGGAAAGCACACUUGUGUUGCCGAUGAAAAAAGAAAUUUAAUAGACGGACUGAUGGAAGAUUGUAAAAAGAAAGUGUGCGAAAAUCUGGAACCUAUUCCAAAGAUCUAUGAAAAUUUUAUGGAGUCUGUAAAUUGUUUAGAAGAGCACGAUAAACCAAGGUUUGAAGAAAAAAAAGAUUUACUAUACAAAGCCCGAAAAGAUUAUCUAAAUUUAGACAAAACAACCAUAAAAAAUCUAAAAGAAUUGAAACUACCUCAUAGCCUUGUCGAGGACUUUUUUUUAUUUGAUGAAGGAUUAGAUGAUAAAAUAUUAAUAUUUGGAACGCCUUUGGCCAAGGAAUAUCUAAAAAAAUCGAAGUGUUACUACGGCGAUGGCACAUUUAAAGUAGCAUGCAGACUUUUUUACCAGUUGUACACCUUACAUAUCAAUUUAUCACAGGAUGACGAAAUGGUUAACUUUGUGCCCCUACUCUACAUACUUUUACCUAACAAAACACAAAACACCUAUGAAAGGUUAUUUUUAAUUUUACGGAACCAAUUCAAAGUCGUAAUUGAAAAAUACAGAUGCGAUUACGAAAUUGCAGUGAUCCAAGCCGUUAGAAUUAUUUAUCCAGAAGUGAAAAUUACAGGAUGCUAUUUUCAUUAUUGGAAGGCUUUAUUUAAAAACAGCACAAAAAUCGGGUUUGAUAAAAUAGAAGGUGGAAAUUACGUUACCAAACUUUAUAUGCAACUUGCUUUGCUUCCCCCAAUUUUGAUCCCUGAAGGUGUUUUAUCUAUACAACAUUUUGCCAAUGAAUCCGAAGAAUUUACGAAAUUUAACGAUUAUUUCACAAAACAAUGGUUGACAUUGAUAACGCAGGAAAUAUUCAGCUGCUAUAACCAAAGUUUCAGAACCAAUAAUUCAGUGGAGGGCUGGCAUGGCCGUCUGAGAAAACGGUUUCCUCUUAGACCACAAAUUUUUCACUUUAUCCAAUUAUUAAAAAAAGAAGCUAAGUUCCAAGAAAAAAAAAUAAUACGAUCAGAAACUUACUGCAAAAGCAAGCGGCGAAGUACNUGA